GUCAUAUCACGUAUCUGACAGCUCCGGUUUGCUUCUUUAAGUGGCGAAGCCUUUACAGCUACUGCUGUUAAACAUGCCAUCGGCCAUGCAUUUGUACAGUCCUCACCUUACUCCUGUGGAUUGAGAGAGACUUCUCUUCUCUAGCUCGACCAUUACAAUUUCAGCUGCAACUCCUAUUUUAUUUCUUUGUUUCUCUAUUCUCGAUUCCGCUCUUCAACCAACCCUCUCUUCCACCCAUCGCCUGACCACCCUGAAUCUUAGCAGUCAAAAUAGGUCUGGAUGUCCUGAAGCUCCGUCGUGCAAUUUGGUGAUAGGAUUAAGAGACCUUCCUCUAUGGCAUUCAAGGGCAGUCGUCAGCGGAUGAAUCUGUCGUCGCUAGAGUCAAUCUGCACCACUAUCUCCUCCUCCUCCUCCGUCUCGGUCAUGAAGAUGCUGAAGUUUUUCAGCAACGAUUCUUGAUGAAUCGUUGCCUCCUUGACAGCAACGACUCAUGGCCCCAGUUCUCCGGUUUGGCAAUCGUUAUUGCAGCUGCAUCUAAGUGCUUCAUUUGAGGUCACGACCACUAGAUCUCAAAUCACUGUCGAUGGUAGCAUAACGGAUCAGCAGCCGGCGGCGGUGUUGUUUAGGUAAGGAUGAUAUCGUGCCGCCGGGUGUGCGGUAUGACUUCGAGGAGGAAGAUGCGGAGCUGAUAUCUCGAGUGGUAUAAGAAGAAGCGUAGUAACGCUGUGAAGAGUUUAUGGGAAGCCACUCCCAUGGAAUCUGGCUAACAACCCGAAACGCCGAAUCCGUCCCGACGCCCAUGGAAGCCACUCCAGCUUGGCAACUUAUUUAACUGACGGUGCUUGCUGGAUUGCCGGUCACUCUGCGACAUGGUACGAUUCUCCUCCCCUUUACUCCCAUUUCUUCUCUAGCUGCACUCCUAAAGGCGGCUUGGCGGCUUGCUGCCCUGCCCUUUCGAAUGACGAUUCAGUUUUAUGGGUUGUGAAAAUUUCAAUCUUUCUUGCUCAUAUUUGUAUGCUAUAUGACCUUUUUGUUUGUUUAGUUGCUAUUUUCCAUUCGAAAGAUUUAGGUCCACCAAGAAGGACCUUAAUCAGUGCUAAUCUCUUAAGAUUUCUCUAUGUGAAAGUGAAUUCUGGUCUGCAGGUGUCUCAAUCAUUCAAGUUGUAAUAUCUUACUCAUGGUACUUUGUUUGUUUCCAGCUCAGUCUCACGUGAUUGUACUCUUGGUGAAGAUCAACUUUAAUUGUUGGUAUCAUUGCGAGUCCUCAUUGAAUUCAGGUUGCUCCACCCCCUCCCCCCUCCUUUUGUUUUCCUUAACAUGAAUGGCAGCUCUGUUCUUAUUGUUCUUCUCAUUAAUGUAUGCUUCCUGAUGGACUUCGUCUUCUGCAGGAACAAGUUUGGCAGCAAUUGGAGGAAAAAGAAAGCCAUAGAGCAUUCUCUCUAUGCAGAUUUUCCAACAUGUAGAUUGUCAGAGCUAGAAGGGAACUUUAACAUGUGGAUAGAUUCGCCAACAUGUGGGGAUACUUCCUUGAGUUCAAGGUAACGACACUCAAUUGUUUUCUCCUGGUAUUUCCUUUUCUUUUGAUUACUAUUCAGAAGUACGCUCCUUUCCAAUGUGUUUUUCCACACUUGCCCACGAUCUGCUCGACCUCACCGAGCUCGAGGUAGGAAGGAUUGCAGAAGACCAAUCUCAAUCGAAGACCAUUGGGACAACCACCGCAUUGCAGCUCUAUCAACCUAUUCGACGAGGAAGGCAAUCUGAAGCUACAUAUAGCCAGUACCUUGCUCUUUUCCUCCUUUCUCAAAUUUACAAGACUGAUAAGGGCAACCAGAAAGCAAAGAGGGGAAGCGAGAAGAACUUGGAGAAGAAGUUGCCUCGUGCAAGGGGUAGCCAGGAACAUGCUCUAAAUCUAUGAGCAGAGAAUUGAAUGGAAGAGAGGAUUUUAGUUAAAAGACUAUUGUUGGUAUGGGUUUUGAGGAAGAAGAGGAUAGGCCUCUAUCAGCACUUUCUUCUGCCUCUUAUGCAACAAAAUGACAAAAAAAUCCAAUUUACAUAUCUCUUCAUAUACAGUUACAGGAGCUCGAUGUACAUGCCACCUUAAUUUAUUGAUUCCAUUUUGCCUACAGUGAUCCUUGAAACAGCUGGGAAGUCUCAAAUUGCAAGUUUAAAUCUAAGUGGUUUGGUUGCUUCUUUUCGCCCCUGUUCAGUUCGUCUUUUAUUUUAUUUGUUAAGAUUGUCUUUGUUCUAUCCUUGAAUGAUUUUUUUUUAUUUUAUUUGUUAAGAUUGUCUUUGUUCUAUCCUUGAAUGAUUUUUCGAAUUUGGAGGUUACAGAAAGGUGGUGUGCAGUUUUUAAGUAAAGCAGUCAUGAUUCACAAGGAAUGCUAUAUAAUUUAGGUACAACAUUCUUAUUUUGGGCAACUAGAAUGCACGUUUGUUGUGGAAACUGCUGAAACUCUUCAAAGUAGAAUCACUUAAUUGUUUCUUCAACUCCACCGUUUCCUUCACCAGCAGAUGAUCUGUAUGCUUAUGUGGUGCUUAUUUAACGUGUUAUGCUUUAAAAAAUUAUGGCCCUUGGU